AUGCCCACGCCAAUAUCAAUCACUCCGCCCAACGAGGGUUUGCUUGGCUGCAGCCAGUCCACUGACGUGUGGCUGCGACGACAUGCCAAAGCAAGCCCGCGGGCAGAUAUCGUCGUGGCUGUUGUCGGAGUCGGUUACGUCGGGAAGAGGCUCGUUCAGUCCUUUUCAGCACGCUUCAAAGUCAUCGCCUACGACAUCUCGUCCGAGAUGCUGCGUGCCGCGAGACGUGAGCUUUCCGGCCGAGACAUCGCCUACACGACCUGCCCAAUGGACAUGAAGCAGGCUACCCAUUUCCUUAUCGCUGUUCCAACCUUGGCGAAUCCAGAUACAUCCAUCGACACGUCGCACAUCAGCCAUGUCAUCAGGACCGUGGCAACGGUUGCUCAGCAAGGCUCGACUAUAGUCAUAGAGAGCUCCGUAGCCGUUGGCAUGACGAGACAUCUUCUCGCCCCCAUUGCAGCCUCGCAUGGCUUGUUCGCCGGCAUGUCCCCGGAGCGUGUCGACCCUGGGCGCGCGAAUCCCACGUGCGCAGACACCCCAAAGAUCAUAUCCGGGCUUGAAGACACGGCGCCCGGCUCCCUCGCCGCUAUCAAGCUGGCCUAUGAGCCAGUGUUCAGCAGGCUGGUCCCGGUGUCCUCCCCCGAGGUAGCUGAGAUGACAAAGCUCUACGAGAACUGCCAAAGAAUGAUGUGUAUCGCCUUUGUGAAUGAGAUGGCCGACGCCGCCCUGUCACACGGCAUCGAUCCUUUCGAGGUCUCAAAAGCUGCCGCCACCAAGCCCUUUGGAUAUGCCCCCUACUCGCCGUCCGUCGGCGUCGGCGGCCACUGCAUUCCCGUCAACCCCUACUACUUGCUUUCGAAUGGCUCGUUCCCGCUACUGCAGGCCGCCACAGAGACCAUGGCCGCCCGCCCGGCGCGGAUCGCCAAGCGAGCCACGGAGGAUUUCAAGCGUUCGCCUGCCAAUGUUUCGGGGAGGAGGAGCCGAGUUCUUGUCGUUGGCGUGGGCUUCAAAGCCGGCCAGUCAAUGCUGAAUCAUUCCCCGGGCGUGGCCCUCCUGGAUGCACUACACGAGCAAGGCCAGGUUGACGUGAGCUUUGCCGAUCCUCUUGUGAGACAAGAGCAGCUCCCUCACGUCGCGCGGCUUGAUGAAACAGAAUGGGACCAGCCUAUGCUAGAAACCUUUGACAUCAUCAUUGUAUGCGUGAAGCAGCCCGGCCUGGAUUACCAGCUGCUGCAUCAGCUUUACGAUGUGAGGGUCGAGAAUUGGUGCGAAUAA